UAGAGGGUGGAUAAUUUUGUGAAGAGUGUGGUGGCGGGGCGGAGCAGCGCGCGCACUGAGGUCACCGCUCACGAAUCGAAAUGAGUCGGCCAUCUUGAGCUGUGAUAUGUGUUACCCUCGUACGCUCGUAUUUCCGUUUGUUUGCCUCGAGAGAACCACAUUAUUUGGGUCAGGAUGACAUGCGUGUGAAGAGGAAAGACGCGUUGUUCCGUGUAUGCAGUCUGAAGUGGCUAGAAUAAGAGUUUUAUGAAUAUUUAAUCCGAGGCAAAAUCAGGUGUGUCCCCAUGAGAAGGCGGGGAUAGGCGUGGAUUUGGGGUGUAUUUUGCAAGAAUUUCAUCGGCAAGCAUCAAGUUGAUUCAUUUAUAUCGAUCACAUUAUGGGAGGUGUAGGAAGUGGUGUGUGAGGAAUUUCCAAAGUACUUGUGGUGCACCCAAGUGUAAUGGCCCCUGGAUGGUAGCCCAAGCCUUUAAACCCCAUAGUUCCUCUGGCGUAGACUGAGCCAACCCGCCACACACUAGUGCCACCCUUAGCACGCAACAAAAUUGCGCCAUGUCGGCAAGCGUGCGCACCACUCUUCAAACGGUGCCCGAGGCCUUGCCAGCUGACCAUGUCACCAAGACGAAGGUAAGGUCACGAAAUGUCGGAGGCGGACUACGUGGGGUGAGUGAGAGCAAGGCGUCGAGCAAGGCCGCCGAGAAGGGACACCGAGUUAGGGGUGAGGAUGGCGUGGGCGGCAUGUCUAGCACAGGGGGCGGCGGGGGCAGUGGAUCAUCGUCGUCAUCAGUGCGGGGCUCCUCCUCCCGCUCUAGGACCGAGGAAAUCGGGAAGUAUCGUCUUCUCAAAACCAUCGGCAAAGGCAACUUCGCCAAGGUGAAGCUCGCCAAACAUGUCCCCACCGGCAAGGAGGUGGCCAUAAAAAUCAUAGACAAAACUCAAUUAAAUCCAGGGUCUUUACAAAAACUGUUCCGAGAAGUACGAAUCAUGAAAAUUUUAGAUCAUCCUAAUAUCGUCAAACUCUUCCAAGUAAUAGAAACAGAAAAGACUUUGUACCUGGUAAUGGAAUAUGCUAGUGGUGGAGAGGUGUUUGAUUACUUGGUCUUCCAUGGCAGAAUGAAGGAAAAGGAGGCGCGGGCAAAGUUUAGACAGAUUGUGUCUGCUGUACAGUACUGCCACCAAAAGAAAAUAAUUCACAGAGAUUUAAAAGCGGAAAAUUUACUCCUGGACUCGGAAAUGGUGAUCAAAAUAGCAGAUUUUGGUUUUAGCAAUGAAUUUACUCCAGGGAAUAAAUUGGACACAUUCUGUGGUAGUCCACCAUAUGCAGCUCCUGAGCUGUUUCAAGGUAAAAAGUACGAUGGUCCUGAAGUAGAUGUUUGGUCUUUGGGUGUAAUUCUCUACACUUUAGUUUCUGGCUCAUUACCCUUCGACGGAUCUAAUUUAAAAGAACUUCGAGAACGGGUAUUAAGGGGUAAAUAUCGAAUACCCUUCUACAUGUCCACCGAUUGUGAGAAUCUGCUCAAGAAGUUCCUGGUGCUUAACCCAGCGCGUAGGGCAUCACUAGAGACAAUAAUGAAAGACAGAUGGAUGAAUAUUGGUUAUGAAGAUGAUGAACUUAAGCCAUAUAUAGAACCUGUGAUGGAUUAUGAUGACCUAAAACGAAUUGAGAUCCUUAAUGAAAUGGGCUACUCGCGAACGGAAAUUGAAGAGAGUUUGAAAAGUCAGAAAUAUGAUGAUGUAUAUGCUACCUACCUACUUUUGGGCCGAAGAUCUUCAGAUCUUGAGAGUGAUGGUUCUCGGUCUGGAAGUUCCCUCUCCUUGCGCAACACUAGUUUAACUCCAAGAGGCCAAGAGUCUAGUGGAGCUGCCCAGUCCCCCUCUCACUCCCAUCGGGGAGUACAUCGCUCAGUCUCCGCCACCAACUCCAAGCCCUCUCGCAGAGCAUCUUCCGGUGGGGAGACCAUUCGUGGCGGAGGCACAACUCCAGUCUCGACUAAUGCACACAACCAUGCGGGCACCAACAACUUUCGACGCCAGAACACAGUUGAUUCUGCAACAAUCAAGGAGAACACUGCUCGACUGGCACAGGGAGGGGUGCCCACCACCUCAGCCUCUCGUUCAGCGGCACUCAAGAACCAAAAUAUUACAGCUCUUGAUCCCACGGGGGCACCUGGCAAGCCUGGAGGAGCAGGCGCUGCGACAAGUCCCGGUGUAGGAAAAUCCCGAGUUCAGAAGAGUAAUACUAUGACUGCUAGAAAUAGUGGCUCAGGAAGGCGCUCAACUUACUCCUAUGAUGCCAAUAAGGCAUCAUCAACGGAAAAGACAAAUAUAACUAACGUUCCAGAUUCUGCUAGUGGUGUGGCUGCGGUACCACUCCUCCCUGGGGCCCCUCCCUCCAGUGUGGUGGGGGCCCCGGUGGACAGCCUGUCCCAUGGCCACCCCUCGGCAGCCACUAACUCUCGACCUGCAAAAGGUCAUUUCAAGUCAGCGUCCAUUUCUGCGGGCACGGGUGCUGGUCCAGGUCGAGUGGAUCUCUCGCCUCUAGACCACCCCCUAGAUCCUUUACGGUCAAGCUCGUCGAACAAAACGCCUGUAUCUCCUGUAUCAACCAAUCGCAAUCCCUUCCCCCGAAACCACACCAGUCGAUCAACGUUCCACAGUGGACAGAACCGACGAAAUAACAACACAUAUGGAGGAGUAGGUGCCCCGCUCACCACGCAGGAUACCAGUGCCCUCUCUUCCACCAGUAGGACCAGUUUCUUCUCUAAAUUAUCAUCUAAAUUUUCCAAACGCCCCCUGGAAACACCACCUAGGCAAGCAGCUAGGUACGUUGGAUAUGCAGCCAAUCCCAGAUCGCAAAAACUGCUGCACAUCAGACUUCUCCAAACGUUGAGAGAUACUGCCAUUUCAGCAAAAAAAAGUCAAGAACGACCUCAUUCUCCCAUUCCACCAUGGACGAUACCUUUCAUUUCUUCUUGCCAGCUGAAAUUAAAAAAGGCCCGGCGUUCACAGAGUGUUUUCAGCAAGGAUGGGAGAGUGGAAGCAGAGUUGGCUGAAAGGGUGACAGAGUGCAGUAUCACUGAGGAACUAAACAAAAGCCCAUCCGUGAAUAAUGAUGAACAGGUCAAACCUCGGUCAUUACGCUUUACAUGGAGCAUGAAAACGACAUCAUCACGUGACCCCAAUGACAUCAUGGCCGAGAUUCGCAAGGUUUUAGAUGCAAACAACUGUGAUUAUGAGCAGCGAGAAAAGUUCUUGCUUCUUUGUGUUCACGGGGACCCUAAUACAGACUCCUUAGUACAAUGGGAGAUUGAGGUUUGUAAACUGCCUAGACUUAGCUUGAAUGGUGUUCGGUUCAAGAGGAUAUCAGGAACUUCUAUUGGAUUUAAGAAUAUUGCCAGCAAGAUUGCAAAUGAAUUGAAACUGUGACUACAAGGAGAAUUUGAAUUAGGAGGUUCUCUUGUAGAAGUACCAGUAGGACACAACACAGCUUGAUGUUCAAGUCCUAAGUUCGGGUAAAAUAUUGGGGAUGCCUGACCCGUGAUGUGUCUGGGUCACACGAUUUUGUGAAAAGAUUCAGGGAGUCAAAACAUAUUCCGAAACGUGCCUAACAUCCAUCAAAGUUACAUAUGUUUAAAAAUGUUGUUAUAGAAAAACAAACAAGUUUGUAAAAACUGUUUCAAAGAGACGUGCUGGCACCAAACACGUUUUCGGAGGUGUUUUCAAUAUGCAUUUUCGUGUUUUGACCUGGACUUUAGUAUCAGGCUCCCUAUAAAGCUCACCUGAAACAUCUUAAUUAAGAAGCUCACUCCUGAAAGCACUCAUCCUCGAGUUGCACAGGCCUCUCCUGAAGCACCUUCGGCUUGUUGGCUUCCUAUCCUCACUCUCCAAAGCAUACCAUGGACCCCUCUCGCUGCUCGAAAUCCAGUUGCCUUUCAGGAAUAUAUGAUGGCCACAGUACUAUUGUUUAUAUUUAUAGACACCAGCUGUCUUGAGAGACUCCUGACCAGUGAAAGACUUGGUAUCAAUGCAUCUGUCGUUUCUCUAGUAUCAUCAAGAGUGGAUUCCUGGUACCAUUAUAUAGUGUGAUAUCUGAAAGAAAAUAAAUGACUAUAAUGUGGAAGAUAUGUUAAUGAACUUGAACAAAGUGUCUUAGUACUUACCCUCUUCCACCAGCACUGGCCAGAGUAGUGCGGUUGUGUAGAUGACGUGUGGUGGGAGUGUAAAUGGAGCUUCACAAAAAUAAAAUAUAUGAACUCAAGUGGACUUUUAGAAGAGUGAGGCAAACCCCCACCAUAUCAUAUUUCCGUAUGUGUGAACCACACGUCACGUGUAACAGUAUCAUCCUUACGUGUUGCACUCGCCAGCUAACCAGAAGAAUGGUUCCAAAGGAACAGUUAACCUUGUUUUCUUAUGUAAAUAUUUUGGCUAUAGGAAUGCAAAAUUACAGUUGCCCAGUUUUGUUAUGUAUUACCUAUAGGAUGAAUGAGGUGAUUUGAAUAUUGAUAUGUACAGUAUUGUAAAGAUUUGGUCACAUAGCUGACUGAGAACAUAACCCCAAUCCUGGUUAAAACUAGUGUGCAACGUGUAGCAUGAGCAGAGCUUGACUCCCAGUUGCCCCGUGCCCUUGUGUAGAAACCAAAGACUGGGACUUCACUUCUGUUGUGCCUGGGUUAUAAAUAUUGAGGAGUAGUGCGUUGCAGUCUGCAAGUGUGAGCCAACUGUCAAAGAUGUUUUUUUUUUCUGCCAUAUGCCCCACCUAGCCUUGUUGUAUAUUUACCUGCCCGUUGUACAUGAUGUAGUUUUCUGAUUGGUAAUCUGUCAAUACCACUGAUUCUUUUUAUUAUUCUAUAUUUUUAUUAUUAUUAUUAUUAUCAUUAUUAUUAUUAUUAUCAUUAUUAUUAUUAUCUCAUGCCUAGCUACUCUGACCUACCCACUCUUCCUCACUGUUUGUCACCCGUACACUCUUUCACCUUCACCCCAACCCCCUACUUUGCCUUCCCUACCCCUCUCCUUUCUACUUUGCCUUCCCUUUCAUCUCCCCCAUUUCUCUGCACUUUAUUAUCGACCCAAAAAUUUAUCCAUGUUCUAUAUUUUCCUGUAUGUCCUAGGUCCCACCUGUUAUGGAAAUCGAGGCUUUUGCUUCAUUCCCAUUUAAUGCUUUUAUUUUAAUUCUCAUCCAUUGUGUAGAUAUAUUCUCUUGCAUUGUCAUUGUCAUUUUAUUUUGAAAUUACUGUAAUCAUUGUUCAUCUUGGUUAGACAUACUAGUGGUGGCAGUUAGGUAAUUGAUUUUUUUUUUAUUUUAUUUCUUCCUGGGUAUAUAAUCAAUCAUGUAAAUUUAUAGUUGCUAAUAUUUAAUAAAAAUAUGAGAUGAUAAUGUAUGGACCAUAUAGAGAGAGUCUUUCUAUACACAACCUUGGGUUUUAACUUUAUACAGUAUUUCAUAAUUUUCAUUGCAAAACUUGGAAGUAUUUUCCAUCCCCAACAUUUUUAUCACAGGUAAUCGUGUUCAUUAGCUCCCUGAUUGGGGUAUUUAUCUUGCACACACCAAAAUCAAAUAAUGAGGAGUUUUAGUACUUUGAACUUUGGGUUUCUGUUGGUACACAACGGUGAUUUGUUUUAAAAGGUUCCUAGUCCCACUGUAACAUUAGUGGUGAAAAAGACAACCUUAUCUUGUUUGAUUAAAAGUUUUAACAAGGUUUAUUUAAUAAUGCUGCUGCAUAUGUUCAUUCCUGUAACUACCUGUGUACAUACUCAACUAGUAGCCCUUGAAAUACAGUGACAAUUCACAUUA